AUGAAAUCAAUAUUUAUUUCUACUCCAUACUUUGGUUUCGUUUCAGUACCACUACGUGCAAGUAUGGUUGAUAUUCAUCUCAAUGCAACAUGGGCGCAGUAUGGUAUGACUGUUGCUGGAGAAAAUGAAAAAGGCAGUGGAAUCCAUCAACUCAAUGGACCAUGGGGUUUGUACGUCGACGAUGAUCAAACGAUUUAUGUAGCUGAUAAUGGAAAUGACCGUAUUGUGGAAUGGAAACCUGGUGCAAUGAAUGGAAAAGUGGUUGCUGGUGGGAAUGGACAAGGAAAUGGAGCUCACCAAUUACACCAUCCACGAGAUGUGAUUAUUGACAAAAAGAGCGAUAGUUUCAUCAUCUCCGAUUAUGGGAAUAAAAGAAUAGUUCGAUGGCCUCGUCGAAAUGGUAUUCGUGGGGAAACUAUGAUUUCGAAUAUCGCUUGCUGUGGCUUGACAAUAGACGAGAAUAGUUCUCUCUAUAUUGUUGACGAUGAAAAAGAUGAAGUGAAACGAUAUAAAAUUGGCGACACUAAAGGGACAGUAGUUGCAGGUGGCAAUGAAAGAGGAAAUCGUCUCGAUCAACUCUACAAACCCCGCUACGUCUUUGUCGAUCGAAAUUAUUCAGUGUAUGUGUCUGAUCAUGCGAACCAUCGUGUAAUGAAAUGGGAAGAAGGUGCAAAACAAGGCAUUGUUGUAGCCGGUGGUCAAACAUAUGGAAAUAGUCUAACACAAUUAAAUUAUCCUGAAGGAGUCGUUGUUGAUCAAUUGGGUACUGUCUAUGUGGCUGACUCUUGGAAUAAUCGAAUCAUGCGUUGGCCAGAAGGAGCCAUACAGGGAAGUGUCAUUGUUGGAGGAAACGGUUCAGGAGCAUACUCGAAUCAACUCAAUGGACCCGACUGUUUAUCAUUUGAUCGAGAUGGCAAUCUCUAUGUCGUCGAUUGGAAUAAUCAUCGAGUACAAAAAUUUAACAUUGAAUAA